GCCAUUUGUUCUUGGAGGGCCCACCCACUCACUACCCAGGACAUGGUCUACAUCGCAGUGCCAGCCCAGUUCAUGGAAGGUGGGCUGAUCAGCAGCAUUCAGGACAUCAAAGCAUGGAGCGCUCUGUUCUGAGAGAGGUGCUGCUGACGCACUUUCAUGAUUUGAAUGUGGUGGAGCAGAAUGAUUUCAAGCCCGCAAGUGAAACACUGAGCAGUUCAUUUCGCAUUCUCUUCGGCAUUCCAUUUCUAGUGUCGCCGCUUUUGGUUUCAAGAAUUGCGCCUCGUUGCCAAAGCGACGACAUCGUUGCUUUGGCAGACCCUCCUGCCAUUGCACGGGUCCAUUUUCAUCUCCGAUAUUUGGAACAGGGUUUCACUUAUGUUCGAAUGUUUGCGAAGGUUUCCACGAAUCGAUUUCGGCCUUUGAUGGAUCAAGAUGCCCUUGUAGAGUGCAUGUUACAACCUCUUGCUGGACAGCUUCGUGACCCUGAUAGAAGCCAAGUCCAGCUUGUCAGUGUGCCAACUGGAACUGGUCAAGCUUCAGAAGCCAAGCAGCUUUGUGAGCUGAAGCAGGUUUUGCUUCCAGAUGUACCUGAGUGGCGCAUCAUGGAUGAUGUUAUUCGCCAUGGUGCCAAAAGGAGCGCUGAGGAGAUGGGAGAUGCGUCUCCUGCGACUCGUGAGCACUUGCGCUGGAAGAGCAUAUACCACCAGCGCCGCGUCAAGAUGGAUUUGACUCCAACGGUGUCACCUGGCAGCCCAUGGGCUCAGAACUUGGAAGGUGAUGAAGGUGAAGACAUGCCCGCAAUGCCGUCGGCUGCUUCGUCUAUGCGCACAGCUUCCGCACCUGCUUCUCAUGCUCAUGGUCAGCCCAACGAGGAGGUACCGUGCCAUGAGUUGCCAAUUUUGGUGGUGCAUGCUGAGGAUGCAGCUGUGAGAUGCAUGAGGGAGCUCCAUGGCAUGACAUCGUGCACGAUUGCAGCCGAAGCUUUUGGAUUGCAUGACAUCGCCACGAUUGCAGGCGAAGGACAUCGCCACGAUCCCUUUGGACCAAACCAGCUGUGCUUUUGGAUCUUUGCACCAACGACUUCCAUUGUGCUCGCGUUUGUGGCAUUGUCGGGCCUCGCUCGCAUGCUCCGUGGCAUUGACCUCGGUCGCAUGAGCAAGAAGUACGUCUUUGGCUCGUGCGGCAUGUGGGGUGCAGUCCAAGAUGGAGAGUCUUGGACUAUCCAGCUCCGGGGCUUUGCUGCACGCUGUGGAACCUGGACUUUAAGUACCAAGGGCCUCUUCAAGAGCGAGUUCGAAGGUGUGGUGCGGACUUUCACCGUGCUUUCCCGCCCCACGAAGUUGGGGCGCAUGUUCCCUUGCGACCGAGGGUUGGCGUUGCCUCCUUGUGAAGCCUCGAAACCUUUGGCCUUGGUUGACACGGAGGAGGUGAUUGAAGAGAUCCCAUGGACGCGAAGCUUUGUGGCCAUGGGUGCGUGGCGUGACUUUGCCACGGUUGCAGGCGAAGCUGUUUGCAAUGGGUGCAGGUGCUUCAUCGUGUCCAUCGACUUCGUUACAACUUUUCUCUGGG